CUUAUCAUUCGAUCUCCCCUCCCCCGCAUCCUGCGUUGAUACCAGCCCGCCUCCGCUCACGUUAGGCUAGCAUCUCAUACAACGCUUACCCGAUACGAUCAUGCCUCAGCCCGAGUUCAUCGACGACCCCGAGAAGGCGGUCUUGGACACCCUCACACCGCUACCGGUGCUUCCUGUUUCGUCCAAGGCGGUCAUUCAAGAUGCUGCCGUCGGUCUCGCCGCUCAAUCAGGGAAGGAUGAAAGACCAGAGUUCGCACUUGCGAAGGCGAAGAAGGAUGCCGCCGCCUCCAACAAGCCAAGACGAAGAGUGAGCGGAUGGGUUCGCUUCUCGCUUUGGUUCACCACCUACCGCAAGUUCUUUAUUUUUGUCGUGACAUUGAACGGCGUUGGGCUGUUCCUUGCCGCUCUCAACAUCUGGACUUAUCCCCGGCGAUACACUGGUGCUUUCGUGCUCGGUAAUCUGCUGUUCGCCAUCCUUAUGCGGAACGAGCUCUUUGGGAGACUGUCGUAUUUAUUCGUCAACAAAGCUUUCGCUAAGUGGACACCCCUAUGGUGGAGGUUAGGCUGCACAUCAGUACUCCAGCAUCUAGGCGGCAUUCACUCAGGCUGCGCAAGCUCUGGAUUUGCCUGGCUCAUAUUCCGUGUAACGCUCAUCUUCAUCGACCACAAGGACAACCACGACGCCGUCCUGAUAAUGGGCGUGAUCACCAACCUCGCUGUCUCGAUCAGCAUCCUGAGCGCGUUCCCUUGGGUCCGGAAUACACACCACAACGUCUUUGAGCGGCACCAUCGGUUCAUCGGCUGGCUUGGCCUUCUCUCAACGUGGGUGUUCGUCGUGCUCGGAGACAGCUAUGACCUCGACACGCACUCCUGGAACCCGGAUGGCGUUCGUGUCAUUCGCCAACAAGAUUUCUGGUACGCGUUCGGCAUGACGGUAUUCAUCCUCAUCCCGUGGUUCACCGUGCGGGAAGUCAAAGUUGAUAUCGAAGUGCCGUCUCCGAAGGUGGCGAUCCUACGCUUCGAGAGAGGUAUGCAGCAAGGGCUCAUCUCCCGGGUAUCGCGCUCCUCGGUCAUGGAGUACCAUGCCUUCGGGAUCAUCUCGGAAGGGACACACGCCAAGUACCACUACCUCAUCUGUGGCGUCCAAGGUGACUUCACGAGGUCGCUGGUGAAUGAUCCUCCCACGCACCUCUGGACGCGCCAGCUAAAGUUUGCUGGAGUAUCCCAUACGUCCACGCUGUACAAGCGGGGGAUCCGUGUCUGCACUGGAACAGGUCUCGGAGCCGCGCUCUCAACUUGCCUCCAGAAUCCUGAUUGGUACCUCAUCUGGAUCGGAUCGGACCAGGAGAAGACCUUCGGUCCCACCAUCUCCGGCCUCAUCCACAAGCAUAUCGAGCCGGAGCGGAUGUGCCUGUGGGAUUCCAGGGCUCGAGGGGGACGGCCAGACGUGAUGCAGCUGAUCAAAGACGCGUACAAGUCCUGGGGCGCAGAAGUUGUGUUCAUCACGUCCAAUUGGCAGGGAAACAAGGAGAUCAUGGAAGGUUGCAAGGCGGCGGGAAUCCCAGCAAUGGGCACCCUGUGGGACUUCUGAGCGGUCAUAGCCGGGCCGUCUGUCGCACCUCCUCAACCGGCGCAGCGGGGAACUCCCAGCGUACACGGUAUACUUAGGACUUGGCGUGCGAAUCAGAUCUGUUUGUCGGCCGUGGUCCGUCCCUAUUCGCCGGACCUCGCUCCUCCCAUUCACCGCUAGUUGCAUAUUUUUGUGCAGGUUAUUUCCAUCUUCCUGUUGCUUUCUUGCCCAAUCCCGUCACACCUGCGGGUUACGCUUACGACCCGUGCACACGUAUCUUAUAAGUCAGGCUCUACGGUCUCGUAAACCACGCAACGUCCCGAAUACCUUAGAUAUUUGUCCACGAUCUGCCCUACCCCUGGCCUAUCCGUCGGAGCACCCCUUGUAUUCUAGUUGAGCUCUGCAUCGGAGUUGCCGAACACGAACGCGAUCCCAUUGUCGAAGUCAAAA